GUAGGUUUUUCUUUUUCCAACUGUUAGUUGACGCUUUUACUCCAGACACAAGAAACGAACGCAGUACUCCGUAUUAAUUUUGCUUGAUUAAAAAAAUCAUAGGCCACAAACACAUCAAUCAUGUGCUUAUUAAUCCCUGCUGAUCCACGCUCCCAACAAAUGCUGCAGCUUCAUGUUUCACGCCUACUCCCUUCGAUUCCCUCCAAUAAGGUCUUCCUUCUAGGGCUUUUUUUACAAUCUCACAAACAUCAAGUUUUCUACUUUCAGAGUAUAAUUUUCGGACAAAAAAGCCUCGCGGAGCAGGGUUUUAGCACAGUUUGCUGAUUCAUUGGUGGCUAAAGUUUGAGUCUUGUCCAAUUUUCUUGGCGUUUUAGAAUUUGUUGUCUCAGACGUUAUAAGCACGAAUUACUGGCACUUUUGUCUGUUUCUUUUCUGAAAGGUCCGUUUGGGUACCACUUUUGAGUUAAUUUGUCAUCUUGCCGCUGGGAAGGAGUUCUUGAAGGGUUUUUUGAGUUUCAGACUUUCAGUUGUGGUAAAAAUUGAUUGUUGCCUGGUUAGUUAGAUUAACAGUGCAUAAUAUUUGGAGUUUGGAUUUUGGUUCGUUCGAGUAUUGGAGAUCUGUUUGAGUACAAUCUUUGAGUAAGUUUGACAUAUUGGACAGUUGGAGGGAAAUAUGGAAGCGAGUUUGCGUUUCAGUAGUGGUAACAUAUGAAUGUUCAAUGGUCAUUAUAUUAACUAUGCAUAGUCAUGAUAAUGGUAAAAUCUCAAAUUUAAAAGAUGGAGUUGAAAGCCAUACAGUUAAGGAAAGGAAUGGCCAGAUUAAUGUUGCUGACUUGCUGUUUCAAGACGAGGAGGAGGAUAAACUUUUCGGUAAACAUGUCAAUGGGGUUGAAAAGCAAAGUCUAUUAAAUUUGGAUAGUAUGUCUGCUGAUGAGAAUUCAAGUUUUUGUGAUGAAUUUGAUGAUAAAGACCAUAUGUUGGGCAUUGUGUCUUCUGACGAGCAGUCUGAUGUCCUCUCUGCUCUCAAAGAACACUAUGAUAGAGGAAAUUCACUUCCACAUUUGUCAAGUAUAAAUACUCCCUCGUCGACAGAUGUGAGUUUCGGCAAAUCGCCUCAUGCUGGAGGAGAUUUGCGGCAGUGUGUUACUGCUCCUGUUUCCAGACAUAAAAGUCCCUCCCUUAAAAGUGAAGACUUUGGAUCUUCAAGAUCUAUGUUUGAGAGAAGAAACACGCCAAGGCAUGACCUAAGAUUAGAUAGACUUUCUGAGCGUGAGAAGCAAAAGCUCAUUGUUGAGUUAGUAAGGAUUCAAAAGGAUGGGACAGUAGAAGUUGAUCUGACUAAGAACGAACCUGUAACUUCUGAGUUGUUGGAGCUUCAAACAGUUGAAGAGCUACAUCCUGGUGUUGACAGUAUCAAUACUGGCUUUAAUAAUUCAGUUCCUAAGCUGCAAAUUGCCAUGCUUGUAGUGGGGACAAGGGGAGAUGUUCAACCAUUUCUUGCUAUAGCCAGGAGACUACAGGACUUUGGUCAUUGCGUUAGGCUUGCAACUCAUGCAAACUUUCGUGAUUUUGUUAAGUCAGCAGGCAUUGACUUCUAUCCUUUGGGUGGUGACCCCAGGGUUUUGUCAGGAUAUAUGGCCAGAAAUAAAGGUCUUGUUCCGUCAGCACCUGGGGAGAUUGCAGUUCAAAGAAAACAGUUAAAGGCCAUUAUUGAAUCACUUCUUCCAGCUUGUACAGAACCAGAUAUUGAAACAGGACAGCCUUUUAGAGUUCAAGCAAUCAUUGCAAAUCCUCCUGCAUAUGGGCAUGUACAUGUUGCUGAAGCUCUCGAAGUGCCUAUUCACAUCUUCUUCACAAUGCCCUGGACGCCAACAUAUGAGUUUCCUCAUCCAUUAGCUCGUGUACCCCAGAGUGCUGGAUAUUGGCUUUCUUAUAUGGUGGUGGACUUGCUGAUAUGGUGGGGCAUAAGAAGUUAUAUUAAUGACUUCAGGAAAAAGAAGCUUAGUCUUCCCCCAAUUGCAUAUUUCAGUACAUACCAUGGUUCCAUAUCUCACCUCCCUACUGGCUAUAUUUGGAGCCCUCAUGUAGUCCCAAAACCACAAGAUUGGGGCCCGCUUGUUGAUGUUGUUGGUUACUGUUUUUUAAACCAUGGGUCAAAUUACCAGCCUCCUGAAGCAUUUGCACUAUGGAUCCAACAAGGAACGAAACCUAUUUAUAUUGGGUUUGGGAGCAUGCCUCUGGAAGAUUCCAAGAAAACCACAAAAGUGAUCUUGGAAGCACUUAAAAUUACUGGACAGAGAGGAAUCAUUGACCGUGGUUGGGGAGGUCUUGGAAAUUGUCAGGAUAUCCCUGAAAGUGUUUACCAAAUUUCGGAUUGCCCUCAUGAUUGGCUAUUUCCUCAAUGCGCAGCUGUGAUUCAUCAUGGUGGUGCUGGAACUACAGCUGCAGGGUUAAGAGCUGGGUGUCCAACGACUAUAGUACCCUUCUUUGGUGAUCAAUAUUUCUGGGGAGACAGGAUUCAUCAAAAAGGGCUUGGCCCACCUCCUAUUCCCAUAUCGCUCCUUAGCAUUGAAACCAUUGUUGAGGCCAUCAAAUUCAUGCUACAGCCAGAGGUGAAAUCUUGUGUAAUGGAGCUAGCAAAAAUGAUAGAAAAUGAAGAUGGAGUUGUGGGGGCUGUCGAUGCAUUUCAUCGUCAUUUGCCUAGAGAAAUGCCGCUGCCAACCACCACCACCACCAUGGUGGCUAGAGAGGAAUAUGACAGGCCCAAUCUUUUGCAAUGGCUGUUUAUGCGGGUUGGAAGGAUUGCUCUGAGGAAAAGUUAUACCCAACGCGGGAGUGAUGCAAAACUCAAUAAAGAAAUUCACCGACCAACAACGACAAGAGCUGCAUCAUCCUUUACUGACUACUUGCCCAAUAAUUUUUAAUUAUGUAUGAGUAAUUUCUUGUUACAAAGUUACACAUAUAGUUCGUAUUACUACAUAUAUAACAAAAUGCCUUUGUAACGAUUUCAAUGUAAGCUUUUGAGAAAUUUCUUUAAACACGGGAAUGUAAGCUUUUGAGAAACAUAUGUACAAAGUAAUACUCUCUCCGUCCUUCAAACUUUACUAAUUCUUUUUAUUUAGUCCUCUCAGUUCAAAUUACUUUUUUAUUUUUAUUUAAGGUGACAAAUUCGUCUAUAAUUUCUUUCCUCUAAAUGAAUUUAUACACAAGAUUUUACUUUAUUAGUCCACAUGUAAGUCAACUUUUGUCAAGUUUUCAGGAUGAAGGGAAUUAUUUGUAUCCAGAAAAUUUGAGAUAUGAAUGACCUCAAAGAGGAUGAAAAUAUUUCUAAGUUGGCAAUGAGGUGAUAUUGUAAUAUGGAAACAUUUCAUGUUAACUACGAGAAGAUAUUGUAUUGAUUCGCCUACGAUCUAGUUGAUUUGUAUUCCUUGUUCAAUUUAUUUAGAUUUAUCUUUGUCUAUUAGAUUUAAUUAAUUAGUGGGCUAUUAAAUUAAUUAGGGAUCAUUUAACUAUAUUAAUCAGGUCUAUCCUAUUGUAACUAGGAUGUUCUGCCAUAUGCUUAUAAAUAAAGGCAGUAUGGACCGAACAACCUAAGAGAGUUCCCGAUUCCUAAAUUGCCUCACACAUCAUUCUUGAAAGUCUCGCAUUAGAAUACAAAGAGGAAGACUCUACACAAUUUAUUCCACACCUAUUAUUCUUGUAUAACACCUCUAGUUUUCUCUCUCAACAAUUCAUACGUCUAUCAUGAUAUAUUCUUAUAUCAUUAUCAAUCUACGAUAUUGAUGAAUUAUUCUUCUUCUACUCAAUUUUUCCAUAUUAUUGCAUAGUAAUUAAUCAACGGUUGAUCUGAGAUCUCACACACUAAGUGAAGUUGUGAAUAGAGCAG